AUGCGUUAUUCUCCGGUGCUUUGCUUUUUCUGGACGUUCGUUUUGCAGCCUCUGAGCUGCCCUAAUACGUGCCUCAGCUCUCCUUGCAUUGGCUUCUUCCUCUGUUUCAUUCGCAAUACGUUUCGCUUGUCUCCUUCGCAAAUCUGCGCGCCUUUUUUCAGCCUCUUUUGCCGUUUCAUUCGCAAUACGUUUCGCUUGUCUCCUUCGCAAAUCUGCUCACUUUUUUUUCAGACUCUUUUGCCGUUUCAUUCGCAAUACGUUUCGCUUGUCUCCUUUGCAAAUCUCCCCGCCUUUUUUCGGCCUCUUCUGCCGUUUCAUUCGCAAUACGUUUCGCUUGUCUCCUUCGCAAAUCUGCCCACCUUUUUUCAGACUCUUUUGCCGUUUCAUUCGCAAUACGUUUCGUUUGUCGUAUUCGUGCGUCAGCUUUCCUCGCUUCAGUCUCUUCUAGAGUUUCGCAACUUAGCUCCCUGA